GAUACUUAACAGGUUUGAGACACAUUACAUGUCACACAUAUGAAAUAUGGGUGCUGCAUAGAUUUGUAUUUGUUUGUUUGUUAUAAGAUGCAUCCUAUAAUCCUAUUUCAUACUCUGAUGAUCCAAGAUGGAUAGAGAAGAGUGUGUGGAUGCGAUCCAGAUUUUUGUUAAAGAAUUUUCACAUGAUGAACUCAUUGCCAAUGCUGCUUACAUUGGCUCUCCUGGAAAAGGUAUCCUUGCUGCUGAUGAAUCUACCGGCACAAUUGGCAAGCGAUUCGCAAGCAUCAGUGUGGAUAAUGUCGAAGCGAACAGGCGUAUUCUUCGCGAGCUCCUAUUCACUGCCCCUGGUUGUCUAGAAUGCCUCAGUGGUGUGAUCUUGUUUGAGGAAACACUGUACCAAAAAACUGCUGCAGGAGAACCCUUUGUAGAGGUAUUGAAGAAAGGUGGAGUUCUUCCUGGUAUUAAGGUUGACAAGGGAACUGUUGAACUUCCUGGUACAAAUGGAGAAACCACAACUCAAGGUUUAGAUGAUCUUGGUCAAAGGUGCAAGAAGUACUAUGAAGCCGGGGCAAGGUUUGCAAAAUGGCGCGCGGUCCUAAAGAUCGGUCCAAACGAACCAUCUCCAUUGUCCAUCCACGAAAACGCCUAUGGUUUAGCUCGUUACGCCGUCAUAUGCCAAGAGAAUGGCCUUGUUCCAAUUGUGGAGCCUGAGAUUCUAGUAGAUGGAUCACACGACAUCCAAACGUGCGCUGAUGUAACCGAGCGCGUCCUCGCAGCGUGUUACAAGGCUCUUAGUGACCACCAUGUUCUUCUUGAAGGCACCCUUUUGAAGCCAAACAUGGUCACACCAGGAUCAGAUUCAGCAAAGGUUGCUCCUGAGGUUAUAGCCGAACACACGGUUCGAGCAUUGUUGCGAACCGUUCCAGCUGCAGUUCCUGCUAUAGUUUUCUUAUCUGGUGGACAGAGUGAAGAGGAAGCAACUGUUAACCUUAAUGCAAUGAACAAACUCAAGGGUAAGAAGCCUUGGUCUCUUACAUUCUCUUAUGGAAGGGCACUUCAACAGAGUACCCUUAAGGCAUGGGGUGGAAAAGAUGAAAAUAUUGCUAAGGCUCAAGCUGCAUUGCUUGUUAGGUGCAAGGCUAAUUCAGAAGCUACACUUGGAAAAUAUCAAGGUGAUGCUAAUCUUGGUGAUGGUGCUUCUGAGUCUCUUCAUGUUAAGGAUUACAAAUAUUAAUGUGUUAAGAGGUUUGAGGUUAUGAAAUUGUAUUUGUUUUGGAGUUGUUUCAUUGUUUGCAUCAAGGUUAUGGUGCUAUUUUGUAGGAUUAAUAGUCUUUUUUUUGGUAAGGUUGGUUAUGAAUAAUGGCUUCAGGCUGAACUGGCUUGAUUGGGAUUUAUUUUUCAACAUGGUUGUGUUUACACAUUUUUCACACAACUUUUUUAUUUUGUGUAAUAAAACAAGAGAAAUUGUUAUGUUUUGUGAAGCAGAAAGUGGUGUGUAAGAAGCAUCAUUUUUCACACUACUUUUAAUUGAGUUUCCUUUAGACCUUACCGCACUUGAUUUUCCA